CCCUCAGGUGCCCAUACAAUAAGUAGGUCAUUUCCCCACACUUAUGGUCAACCUUUAGCACACUUUAUGAGGGAAACUGCCAAGGUCCCUGAUGCCCGCAUAAUCACUGAACACCCAGCAAUCAGAGUGGGAGUUGUAUUUUGUGGAAGACAAUCUCCCGGAGGACAUAACGUCAUUUGGGGUCUCCUCGACGCUCUAAAAGUUCACAAUCCCAAUAGCACUUUGCUUGGAUUUUUGGGUGGUUCUGAUGGUUUAUUUGCUCAGAAAACUUUAGAGGUCACUGAUGACAUCCUUGCAACCUACAAAAAUCAAGGCGGUUAUGAUUUACUUGGAAGGACAAAAGAUCAAAUUAGAACAACUGAGCAAGUUAACGCGGCACUCAAUGCCUGCACAAGUUUGAAGUUGGAUGGGCUUGUGAUUAUUGGAGGUGUGACAUCAAAUACAGAUGCUGCUCAGCUUGCAGAAACCUUUGCAGAAAGGAAAUGCCCAACAAAGGUGGUUGGUGUACCUGUUACUUUAAAUGGAGAUCUAAAGAACCAGUUUGUUGAGACCAAUGUUGGUUUUGACACGAUAUGUAAGGUUAAUUCCCAGCUUAUUAGCAAUGUCUGCACUGAUGCACUAUCCGCAGAGAAGUAUUAUUAUUUUAUCCGACUCAUGGGUCGAAAGGCAUCACAUGUUGCCCUGGAGUGCACUCUCCAAUCGCAUCCUAAUAUGGUUAUUCUUGCUGAAGAGGUGGCUGCAUCAAAGCUCACACUUUUUGACAUCACAAAGCAAAUAUGUGAUGCAGUGCAGGCUAGGGCUGAACAUGAGAAGUACCAUGGUGUUAUCCUAUUGCCAGAGGGUCUUAUUGAAAGCAUUCCUGAAAUAUAUGCUUUAUUGCAGGAAAUCCAUGGUUUGCUCAGGCAAGGCGUCUCUGUUGAUAGCAUAUCCUCUCAACUAUCACCUUGGGCGUCUGCAUUGUUUGAAUUCUUGCCAAGUUUCAUAAGAAAACAGCUCCUCCUCCACCCAGAAUCAGAUGACUCUGCACAACUGUCUCAGGUGCUU